AUGUAACAAUAAGUUCAACAGCCCUAAGAUAAACUAACUGCGAUAUUCUAAGAAUUACAAUUCAUUACAAAUGAAUCUUAAGGUUCAUAUAAUUUAGGAAAUAUAGAGAAACAAAAGAUACUCCUCUUUUUUGGAUUUGAACAUAAAGAUGCAGAUGCUUUAUAUGUUCAUUUUGCAGAUAAAACUGAAAUUUUAAAAAACAAAUAUAUUAAAAUGGUUAAACUAAAGAAGGAGUCAAAAGUCUCUUAUCUUAUUAAUACACCAUACUCUUUAGGGAGUAUAGUAGAUAGAUAACAAUGCCAUAAAUAAUGCAUAACUAGAAUAAUUUUAAACAAGGUUCUAAUUUAAUUGAAAGAUUGUGAUUAUCAUAUAAUAGUUAAUUUUGAUAAUCUUUAAGGAGAUACUUAACAAGCAUAACUAAAUUAAAUACUCGAUUUUGGGUUGUUUAAUUUUGGUAAAAUAAGCCUUAAACAGGAAAAACAGGAAUAGGUUUCCCUACUUUAUAAUUGCAAGAAUGAUAAAGAAACAUCGUAUUGCCUUUGUAAGGAUAUUAAGAAUGGUGUCUAAGAUCUCAAACAUAUAUUUAAGUAGCAAACUUUGAGAAAUAUCUUUAAAUAAGUUACAUUUUAAAAAUUAAAGAUUGAAAAAGAAGAGGAUUUCGGACCUAUGACUGCAUUUUUGAUAAAGGUUAUGGAUGAAUUAGUAGUUGAAAUAACGACAAUAUUAUAAAAUUAUUAGAAUUAACUUUUAUAAUUGCAAUAAAUUCCCAUUUUAUAAGAUGAAUAAGAUUUAAAUUAGGGUAUCUGCAAGCUUUUAAAACAACUUAAUGAUUAUUUAAAAAAAUCUACCAAUUACAAUUUAGAAACUGCAUUGGAACUGUUUAAGGCAAUAAACAUUGUAAACCAAAAUAAUCUAAAAGAAAUAAAUUCUAAUUUAGAAAACCUGAACUUUAAAUUAAUAGAGUAAUUUUUAGCAGAAAAAGAAAUUUCUAAAGAGAAACUUUAGUUACCAGAAGUAGUAGCAAGUGUAGGGGAAAUAGAUUUUAUCUUUAAGAUGUUGAAAAAAUAUAUAUAAAAUUACUUUGUUUCGACAAAUUUGCUUGAAAUAAAAAAUAUAAGGCUUAAUGUUAAUUGCUGGGCAUCUUAUAGCGAUGAAAUGGUUGAAAGCAUUAUUUAAAAUUUUAAACAUAUAACAUAAAACAUAUAAGAAGGACCACGAGAAAUGAGGGAUUUUGGUGUAUUUUUAUUUGGGAAAAGCAGAGUAGGUAAAAGCACAUUAAUAAAUUUAAUAAAAAGCCCAGAAAGUUUAACUAUAGAAAAGAGAAUAAGUGAACUUUGUUAUGUGAUGAAAAAUUAAGUUUAGACAGAAUUUAAGAUUGAACAUGGCUGCAUGAGUGAGACACAAAAGAUUUCAAGUAUGCAGAUUGAGGAUGUGUGGUAUUAUGAUUGCCCAGGAUUUGAUGAUAAUAUUUCCUAAUAAAUAAGAAUUGCACAUAGGAUUAGUUUAUAUAAUUAUUUAAGCAAAACUAAAAAAGUUAUAGGAUUUUUUGUAAUUGAUUCUUCAAAUAAAGAUGCUUAAAUUAUUAAGGAUACAAUUGAUCCAAUUUAUUUAUUAUUAAAAGAUAAAAAGUAAUUAAUUAAAGAAAACGAUAAAUGGGCUUCUUUGGUUUUGGUUAAAGCAAAGUAGAAUGUAAGAUAAGAUUAUAUUGAAAAUUGGAAUGAAGCUUACCAUAAUUUGUUGGAAGGUAAAUACACAUUUUAUAGAGAGAUGUAUUAAAGUGAUAAUUAAUGUAUUGAAUUUCCAAAACCUAAGAAAAAUCUAUAGUAGGAAUAAAUUUUAUAACAAAAUACUUAUAUACAACAAAAAAUGUUAAAGAGAAUUAAUGAGAAUAAAUAAAAUGUAGAGUUUUAGCUAAAUUUUGAAUUAUAAAUAGAAUCAAAACUAUUUCAUUUGUAUGAAAUUGUUCUCAACAAGCUUCAAAAGAAAAUUGAAUAGAUUGUUGGGCUUUUAGAAAAUUAAAUUAAUAGUUAUAUUUUAGAUUGUGAAGAUGAACUAGAGAAAAAAAAAUUACUUAUUUAAAACUUUAGAUCUUUUAUUGGCAAUGAAAUUAAUUAAGAGAAUGUAAAAAUGACUUUAAAAAAAAUUCUGGAAUGGUGUAAGAUUAACGAAUUAUUUAAAAUUAAUUCUAUUUUCUUAUAAAGUACGAUUGAUGACGUAUUAUAAUGUUUAUAGGUCGAUGUUUAUUGCACAAAAAUGAAAAAAAUUUCCCCAAUUAAAGUUGAUUCAUCAAAGCUCAGAAAAAAUGCAGAUAAAAUUAUAGAUAUUAUCUAAUUUAUUGCAAAACUUGAAAUUGGGUUCAAGGGAACAUUCAUAGCAGGUUCUAUAAUUGCGGGAGUGGCUUCUUUAGGGGCUGCAAUAUUUGCAGAAGGUGCAAUAGCGAUGGCUGCAGAAGUUAUUAUUACACAAAUCGCUAGGAAAGUGGCAGUUAGGGCAGCUAUUACUGGAUUAGGCGGAGCAGGUGCUUCGGCGAUUACAUAUAUAUUAUUUUAUUUCAGGUAAUACAUGUUAAAAUAGAAAUAUUUGCCUUAUUUGAAAGAAGCAGAAUAAAGAACCAAUAUAUGA